AUGAAUAAUUGUUUGUCAACACCAAAAACAAAACAAUAGAAAUGCCCUUAAGCUCCUAAAAAAUAGUUAAACUUAACAAGAAUUGAUGAUUAAUCAAUUAGAUCUGUUUGCAGAAUACUUUUUGUAGAAGAAACAAAACCAGAAAUAACUCUAACCUAAACUGCUUGA